AUGCAGAGUGUACAGAGGCAAUUUGGCAGGUUCAUGAAACGAUCCGCAGAUGAAAGCCAGGUAGGCAUUCUUCUCAAGGACUUUGAUGAGACCGACAAGUUAUUGGGAAGGAUCAUCGAGUCGACACGCGCCUGGCGCGAUGCGUGGUCAUCCAUCCUGCUGCAUCAGGAGCGAAUGCUCGGCGAGUUUGACGGUAUCUAUGCUCCCAUCAUCGGGUCCUCCGAUUCGACCACCGCGAAAGCCGCCCCAACGCCAGAAGCAACACUAGCCAGGACGCGCAGACUGCGAGAGGAAUACGAAGAGUUGCGCAAGGAGCUGGCAGAGGAGAUUAAUGCUGUGGAUCAGCGGAUGAUCAGGCCCGCCUCGCAGGCGAAAGACUACCUGACUCCAUUGAAGAAGACGAUCAAAAAGCGGGAAGAUCGCAAGCUCGACUACGAACGCUACCAGAGUCGCGUCGACAGCUACACCAAGAAGACGAAGCGCUCAGACCGGGAUAACGCCGCGCUCGCCAAAGCAGAAACCGACCUCGCAAGAGCCACGGAG